AACGGAAAACGACUCCAUGUCUUUUUUCCCCCUGUCUCCCUUAUUUUACUCCUCUUGCCUCUUGGUUCGCCUGGUUGCUUUGCUUCGUCUACUUCUCAACAUCCCCACGAAAAGCCGAGGAUUGGACUCACUCCACCGGAAGCGUGUGUACGCACGGACCCCUCGGCCCUCGCCCCCGCACGGCCAUGGCAGCCGCCGUCUCCCCCUCAUCCUCGCCCCUGUCCACAAACCCUAUGUAGCACAGGAGUUCCCGCCGUCAGAUCCCCGAUACCCCGCACAGCCGCGCCGAUCUGUACCCCGCGGCUAGAUUUCUGGGUGUGAAAGAGCGCCUUUUUUAGAAGUUCUUAGCUUGAGAGAUUUUGGGAAGGGAGAGUGCUGGAAUAAUGGAGCCGAGGGUCGGGAACAAGUUCCGGCUUGGGCGCAAGAUCGGGAGCGGCUCUUUCGGGGAGAUCUACCUCGGCACCAAUAUCCAGACGAACGAGGAGGUUGCGAUUAAGCUGGAAAAUGUGAAGACAAAGCAUCCUCAGUUGCUCUAUGAAUCAAAGAUUUAUAGGAUUCUACAAGGAGGAACUGGAAUACCGAACGUCAGAUGGUUUGGUGUAGAAGGAGACUACAAUGUCUUGGUUAUGGAUUUACUUGGACCAAGCCUUGAGGAUCUAUUUAAUUUCUGCAGCAGGAAAUUAUCUCUGAAGACUGUACUUAUGCUCGCUGAUCAGAUGAUAAAUCGAGUGGAAUUUGUUCAUUCAAAGUCUUUUCUGCAUCGAGAUAUUAAGCCAGAUAAUUUCCUCAUGGGUCUUGGAAGACGAGCUAAUCAGGUCUAUGUUAUAGACUUUGGCCUUGCUAAAAAAUACAGGGAUACCUCAACGCAUCAGCACAUCCCAUACAGGGAGAACAAGAACUUGACAGGAACUGCAAGAUAUGCUAGUGUGAACACCCAUCUUGGCAUUGAACAAAGCCGAAGAGAUGACUUGGAAUCUCUUGGAUAUGUACUCAUGUACUUCCUGAGGGGCAGCCUUCCUUGGCAAGGUCUUAAAGCAGGAACAAAGAAGCAAAAGUAUGAGAAAAUUAGCGAGAAGAAAGUUGCAACAUCAAUUGAGGCUCUAUGCCGUGGGUAUCCUACAGAGUUUGCAUCAUAUUUCCAUUAUUGCCGUUCACUGCGAUUUGAUGACAAGCCUGACUAUUCCUACCUCAAGCGAUUAUUCCGUGACCUUUUUAUCCGUGAAGGUUUUCAGUUUGACUAUGUCUUUGACUGGACAAUAUUGAAGUAUCAACAAGCUCAAAUUGCCACUGCUCCACCCCGUGCGGGCCAUGGCGCUGGGCCUUCUGGGUUGGCACCUGCAUUACAGAAUGAUAGGCAACCAGGCCCUGAGGAAGCAAGGACUAGUGGUUGGUCAUCAAUGGAUCGGCGUCGUGCCCCACUACCAAUUACAAGUGUGGGGACAUUAUCUAAGCAGAAAGCACCGGUAGGGAAUGAUGCUACUGUUUCUAGAGACGCUGUGAUAUCUGGACCAAAUUUCUUGGGAAGGUCAAGUGGAUCUUCAAGGAGGCCUGUUAUCUCGAGUAGCCGCGAUGCGGUGGUCACCGAUAGUUCCGAGCCUUCACGAGCGCGCACAACUGAUGCAAGCCCUGGGGUUUUCCGCAGAGCCUCAGGUCCUCAGAGAAGCUCACCUGUCCACUCUGCAGAACAGAAGCGCUCAUCCUCAGGCCGUCAUCCAUCUAAUGCGAAGAACUACGAUUCCGCUCUCAAAGGCAUUGAAGGCCUUACUUUAGAUGGCGACGAGAGGGUUCAGUACUAGAGCGGCAAGAAGAAAUUCUACAUCCCCUGUAAAAAAGCAUAACCAGGUGGUAAGCAUUGUGUUUCCUGUUGAGUUUUGGAUCAACAGGAAACAGAAUGAUGGAAGGAGGAUCUGGUCACGUGUUGUGCGGUUUCGGGUUGCCUUCUGAGCAAGGUAAAUAAACGGUCCUGUCCGAGGCGCUUCAAACCUAGCUCUCGUAAUGUUAUCGUCAUGUAUGUAAAUGUGUCUUAUAGUGAGCCUAUUUUGUUGUUCCAAUCCUUACGGUGUUCCAUUCUGAGGUGCUGAACCUUGGGGCAACAAGGCUGAAGCUGGUAGGGACUUCAAUUGGAGAACUGGGGUUCAAGCAUGUAGAAUUUUAAAAUCGGUUCAUUUGUCUGGACAAUGUUCCUGACUAGUAAUGUGAUCGCAAGACAAACGAUGUUAUUUCUCUCUGUGGUUAUCGAUAUGUCCAUCUCUUCACA